GUUUGCUGGCAUUGCCCUCUCACAAGGCAGAAUGGGACGACAGCUUCCCAUGCUGAAAAUGGUGGGAUGGGAACUUGCUCUGGGCCACAAGGAUCCACCUGCUUGCAACAAAGCACUAAACAGGAGGGUGAGUGCCCUCGCAGAACGAGCUAAAAUGUUGGCCAGUGCUGAAAGCCAGCCUGUACACAUAUUUGUUCUUGCUAACAGACUUUCUCGAAUGAAAUUCUGCCCAGAAUACAGAAGUAUUUGUCUUGAGCUGUACUUGAUGGGUCUCAAGCUGGAGCUGAAUAGAAGGAUGGACAGCAAGUCUGCGGGGACAAGUGACAAGCAGGAGAUGACCAUAAAUCCAAUUCUCGCAUCAGUGUUUGGUAGAUUGGCCAAGCUCUUCAAUACCCAAUGGCUUGUGAAACGUGAACUGCUGCUGACAGCUUUCUCACUGCAACCUAACAAGCAUUGGUUCAAGGAGCUUCUACUUGUGGCCAGGCUGUCGGGGAAGACUUGUAGUGCUAGAGGAUGUACAGUGCCUUUUUCUGACAGCUGGUGCCGAGAUACUGCAGCCCACACUCUGUGCAGUAAAUGUGGCAGAUUUGGCACUCAUGGGAAAGUGCAUAGCAGCACUGACAUGGGAUCAUUAGUGUGGUUUCCUCUUCCAGAACAUGUUAUGGAUAACAAUAUCACUGACCCUCCAAGGUGUCAUAUGCUUGAUAAUAAAUCUCUUGGUAUUGAAAGAAAUCUUGCUGAGCAAUUGGUGUCUCUAGUCUCUGCAUUCAGGUACAAGGAACUCAGCUGGGUUCUUGAAUGGUCCAAGUUGUAUACACUGUGUGUCGAUUACAUGAAUACGAAGGACAUAAGAAGAGAGAAGAAUACUGAUCUCAAAUUUCUUAAGAUGGACUACCCUUUGUACAGGUGUCUUCGAGAAGACAAAAAAAUAGUUGCAGUCAAAAGAAAGAAAAGUGAUGAAGAGUGUACUGACUCAGAUAAUGAAAGGGUGAAGUAUAGGUGCGAUCAAGAAAGAAAGAAGAUGAAUAUCAGCACUUACUGUUUCUAUAAAACAAGAAUAGAUGUAAUAGAUGACAUUCUUUCCAGCAACAAUAUAACACCAUUUUCUUCAGAAGUGUGUGACAUGUUUGACGUAGAAGAUACAGCUACUGGCUUUGCAAGACUGUGCAAAAUUCGCAGAGCAAUGGUAAAACUGUAUGAAAAAAAUCCAGAAGACAUAUUCUCUUAUUUUAAAACAAAAAUAAAAUAUUUGAGAGAAAAAUAUGAAAUCGAUGUCCAGGAUUUUGUAGCGUGCUAAUGUUAUCUUGUCUUGGUUACACUAUUACGGAAUGAUAAGAAUGUGCCUGUGUUUUGUGCCAAGUAAGAUUUAAGAUUGUCAUGUCAUAUCAUCUGUAAAGUUUCAUUUACAUUUUUAUACUUUAUGGCAAAUCAGUAAUGAUAUUUUUGACAUAUAUAACACAGUUGUAUGUCAGCAGUAUUACUAAUAACUCAAGAAUCCAGGCUAGUCCUCUCAUGUUUCUUUAAUUUCUGCUGUAGAGGUUAAGAGUGAUAACUUUGCUAAACACUCAACAAAGGUUUGAGAUUACAGCCAGGUGUCAUUCACUUCCAAGCACCUGCCUUUUAUCUUUAGAUGAGUUGACUCAUCUGCUCAUAAGUAGAUGAUGACUUCCAGCAAUCCUGAAACUUGAUGAAUUUUUGGCAUUGCACUAUUUAAUAUAGGUAAAAAACUUAAAAGAGCUAUAACU